UGAGAGGAGCAGACUCUACAAAGACCCCGGAGCUGUAUGCCAAGCAGGCUGUGCCCUCCACGUCCAGAUUCACACCUGCCCUCCCGGGUCUCCCACGCCCCACGCCAGGCCUGGCCUCUCUCAUUUUGUCCAUCUCAGAGGCACUGGAAGAGCCAAGCAGAAUCAGGCCCAGCUCCCGGCUCCCUCUCUCUGGUGCCCCGCACCAUGUCGUCUCCCACCAGCACACUGGAAAAGGGCCAUAUGGCCUGGAGAGCCCCAUUCCCACUACUGCUGCUGCUGCUGCUCCCAGGCUUGUGGGCACUAUCAAAGGUCCAGGAUCUUCACAGCGUGGCGGGACAGACACUCUCUGUGAGGUGCCAGUAUCCGCCCAAGGGCUGGCCCUACCAGAGCAAAGGCUGGUGUAAGGAGGUGUCGAAAUUCAAGUGCGUCAGGCUAGUCACCAGCUCCAGCCCCCACACACUGGCUUGGAACUCUCGAUUCUCAAUCUGGGACAACCCUGCUGCUGGCUUCUUCAUUGUCACCAUGACUGGUCUGAAGGAGGAAGACUCAGGACACUACUGGUGUAGAAUCUACCACGCUUCCGGAAACCCUGUCUCUAAGUCCAUAAGGUUCUAUCUGGCGGUGUCUCCAGCCUCUCCCUCCAGGCGGGCCACCUGGGCUCCCCGUGACCUGGUCUCAUCACAGACUCAGAGCUGUGUGUCCCCCACCGGAAGAGCCAGAGAGACCCCCAGGGCUUCCUCCGCCAUCACCGCCCCUUCACAGCAACGAAACUCCACUUCCUGCUCCAGCCCUGCAGCCCCCAGUGCCCUGGUGCCCCUGCUGUGUGGACUCCUCGUGGCCAAGAACCUGGUGCUGUCAGCUCUGCUUGUCUGGAUCUCACAUCUAAAGGCCUCAAGGAAACAACAUGUGCAACACAGAGGGAUGUCUCUGAUCUGCCCAGCUCAGCCUAGACCAGGCCCCUGGGAGCUUCCUGCUGAGCCGCGGGCACCAAGAAGGAUGGCCAGUCUUCCCCCGGCCCUCAGGAGCUCCUCCCUGACCACUGAACUCUGCCUUCCCUGCAAAGAAACGGCCAGAGCCUCCCAGAACGUGACCCAACGCCCUUGGCUACACUCCUCGCUCCAGUGCUGAGGAUUUCUCAGCUCUGACCUCCUCACAGGGUCCAGGCCCACUGCUUGCUCACACUCUGUUUGCAUCUGGGCCAGCAUCAUCCAGUUAUGGGAGCCAAAGCCCAGUGGAACACAUUUCCACCAAACCGGAGCCACCACUGCUGAUGACUCUGACUCCUCCCUGCCCCCCGACUCCUCCCCUUCCCCUUUCUCUCCUCUUCCUCCUCUUCCUGUCUGUAGCCCCACAGCUCAGCCAGGCCCCAGGUCACCCCAGGUCUCUCCCUCUCCCCUCGCUCAGGCUCACUUUGCCAAGGCCCCUCUGUCUGCUUCUCUCUGUUUCUUCUGUCUCUUCCUCCUUGUUUCCAAAUGUGCCCACGUUGCACCUGUGCAUGGACCAUUCUGUCAGUCACCUAACUUGGUGUCCCACCUUUGGUCUCCACCUCCCAAAUUGUUCCUCCUUGCACAUCCCCCCUCAACAACACCUCUGUGCAUUCUCACUGCAUGGGAAUUGAAGUCCAGUGUCAUUAUCCGGGUCCCACGCUCUGCCAAGUUCAGCCACCCCUUGUCACCAUGUCAUUGUGCACCCCCCAUACUGUCCUUCUUGUGCCACCAAGAUGGCCGCAGGCUCUGGAGAGAAGUGAACCCUCCUUUUUCUGCACAAGCUGAGCAGGACGCUCCUCAUGACCACAACAGAGGUCAUGCUGACCCCCAGCACUGUCCUUCCCUGGGGGUGUCCUCUCUCUGACACUUAUUAUCUCAAUGUUGGACUUUCCAGACUUGAGCUUCUAACUUUAUUUUCUCUGCUGUUCUUCAUCUGUUUUUCUUUAUUCCUACUUUCUUGGAAAGUUCCUCAAGGUUUCAUUCCAAGUCUUCAAUUCAAAGAUUUACUAUUUAUGCUGUCACAUUUUAAAAUUUCUAAAUGGUCCAUUUGUUCUCUGAAUGUUCCUUUUUCACAUGCAUGUUUUAUUUGGGAAUGCCAUAUUUUUUCUGGCAAUAUUAAAGUUUUAACUUUUGAAGUUUUUUUAAGCCUUGUGU